AUGGCGGCGCCGCGCACGCCCGGCGCGUGGCCCGGGCUCACGAGCCCGCGCACGCCCGGCUCCGGCGCGGGCACGUUCGCGCUGCCGGACCACCGCCUCGACCUGAGCGCCGUGCCGUCGAGCAGCCUGAGCAACAUCCGCCUCAUCAGCGGGUCGUCGUCGGGCGACCUCGCCGCCGAGGUCGCCGCGCGGCUCGGCGUGCCCCUGAGCCCGGCGAACGUGAAGCGCUUCAACGACGGCGAGGUGCAGAUCCAGCUCGCGGAGUCCGUCAGAGGCUGCCGCGUCUUCGUCGUCCAGAGCCUCGCGCCGCCGGUCAACGACGCGCUCAUCGAGCUGUUGCUCCUCCUGAGCGCGGCGCGGCGCGCGUCCGCGGAGAGCGUCACCGCCGUCGUGCCCUACUACGCGUACGGCCGGUCGUCGCACCAGCGGAGCCCGUCGGGCCCGCUCGCGGGCGCGGACGUCGCGCGGCUCGUCGAGGAGAUGGGCGCGGACCGCGUGCUUUCGGUAGAUUUGCACAACGCGCAGAUCCAGGGCUUCUUCUCGCCGCGCUGCCCCGUGGACAACGUCUACGCGGCGCCCGCGGCGACGGCCUACUUCCACAGCAAGCGGCUCGACGCGCCGGUGGUCGUGAGCCCGGACGCCGCUGGCGUGCCGCGGGCCAAGCUCUUCGCCGAGGGCCUGGGCCUCUACGGCGACGACGCCGCGUCGGCCAUCGCCGUCGUCGUCGCCGUCGAGAAGCGGCUCACGCUCGUCGGCGACGUUAAGGGCAAGGACUGCGUCAUCGUCGACGACCUGGUCGACAGCGGGUCGACGCUCGUCGGCGCCGCGGACCACCUCCGGGCCGCGGGCGCGCGCCGCGUCUUCGCCUUCGUCACGCACGGCAUCUUCUCGGGAGACGCGCCGGACCGCGUCGAGGCGUCCGCGCUCGAGGAGGUCCUCGUCGCGAACACGAUCCCGCUGCGGCCCGACGUCAAGGCGCGGACGAAGAAGAUCCGCGCCUUGAGCGUGGGCAAGCUCGUCGAGUCGGCGAUCCGCGCCAUCCACGGCGGCGUCUCCGUCUCCGCGCUCUUCGAGACGAACCUCGCGGGCGCGCAAGUGUGCUAA